GUUUACUUUAGAACAGAAUUUUAGCCAUGUAGGAGAAUAAUGCUCCUAUUCUUCUCCAUCAUGCCUGUGAUUCUAGAAGAUGAGGUUAUGGAAAUCUGUUCUUUUUCAUAGUAAAAUGUAGUUAUUCAGGAAUGAUGAAGGUACCAGCAUAUCAGUGUCCAACGGAAGAGGAGAAGCAACAUUCCACCGUACCAGUCUCCUGCCACUAAGAUGAGAAGAGGUGCCAUUUCAUCAGAUUUCUAACCUGGUUUCCUGCUUUAAAGAAUGGAGAGUAUCAAUCACCACUCUUCUACUCCAAGUUCUUCCUCCCUUGUUUGAACUGCCCAAGAUUUUGAAUGGAUUCUUCCUCAUGCUGUCCCUACCCCCCAGAUCAUAAUACUAUUGAUUUUGAAAAAUCUCUCUCAAUUUUUUACUUAUUGAUGAACAAACUCCCCUCCCUAGUUAUACCUUCCCCAUCCCAGGAUCCUGAAACCCCACCAGAUACCUGAAAAAUGUCUGAAAACUCCAGUGACAGUGAUUCAUCUUGUGGUUGGACUGUCAUCAAUCAUGAGGGGUCUGAUAUAGAGACAGUGAAUUCUGAAAAUGGUGUAGCAAAUGAAAGUCCUGAGUUUGCAGCAGAAGGGUACACAGCUUUAGUGCAAGAGGAACAUCAGCAUCAGCUUUUAGAUCAAGAAGGAAAUAGUAAAGAUGGCACAGUGUUAGUGGGAGAAACUACUUAUUUAGCUUUGGAAGAAACCAACUCAGUUCUCGAGACAGAGAAAGAAAAGUCACCUGAUGACAAUGUCUAUUUUGGGGCUAUCAGUGAUGAUUCUGACAUCGUUACCCUUGAACCACCUAAGCUGGAAGAAAUUGGAGCACAAGAAGAAGUUAUAAUUGUUAAAGACAUCCAGGGUUCUGAAGAUUUUAACUUAGGGUCUUCCUCUAGUAGCCAGUAUACAUUCUGUCAGCCAGAUACUGAAAGGUGGUGGGAGAAGCUGUGGAAGAUUCCAGAGUGCAUAAGGGGAUGGGAUGACCAACUGAAACACCAUGUUCCCAGCCAACUCUUUCAAGUAUUUCCAUCCCGGCCUAGUGAUGAUGAGUCAAGUAGUGAUGAAACAAGUCAUCAGCCCAGCCCCACACUGAGAAGACGACGUGCUCGAAAGAAGACAAUUUCUUGUUCAGAAUCUGAGGAUAGACCACCUAUUGAACAUGAAUCUGAUUCUCCCAAGGAAAAGGUGCACCAGCGCCACUUCAAUAGUAGCCUCAACAAGUGUAUUAUACUAGCUUUGGUGAUUGCAGUCAGCAUGGGAUUUGGACAUUUCUAUGGUACCAUUCAGAUUCAAAAACGCCAGGAACUAGUCAGAAAGAUACAUGUUGAUGAAUUGAAUGGUAUGAAGGAUUAUCUUUACCAAUGUCAGCAAGAACAAGGGGCUUCUGGUGAUAAGUCACUGAGAGAAAAUCUUGCAACAUGUUUGAGGCUUACGGAGGUGGAGAAGAUAGCCUUUGAAACGCAGAAAAAAACCCUAGCUACAGAAAACCAUCAUUUAAGAAUGUCUCUGGAGAAGGAAGAAAAAGCGUUGUCCUCCUUACAGGAAGAGUUAAGGAAAUUAAGAGAACAGAUUCGAAAUUUGGAAGAUAAAGAAACAAGUACUGAAUCGAUAGUUUCUGAAAAUCAAAAACUUAAACAGCAUUUAGAAGAAGAAAAGCAAAAAUCUCAUAGCUUUCUCAGUCAGAAGGAGACCCUCUUGGCAGAAGCACAGAUGCUAAGGAAAGAACUAGAAAAAGAACGACAAACAACCAUUGCCUUAAGGGAGGAACUGGAUCUUUUAAGCAGUAAGCAGUCAUCUGGUGAUAUAGACUCUCCCAAUAUACUGACUGAAAAUAAGGAAAUAGAAACUUUACGAGCAAGACUAACAGAACUGGAAUGGAAGCUAAACUUUGAACAACAACGAUCUGAUUUGUGGGAAAGAUUAUAUGUUGAAGCAAAAGAUCAAAGUGGAAGACAAGAAAACAAUGAAAAAAAUAAAGGUAGCAAGGGAACUAAUAAGGCUAGGAAGUCUAAAGAUACCUUGUUUGGUUCAGUUAAGGAAACUUUUGAUGCCAUGAAGAAUUCAACAAAAGAAUUUGUAAGGCACCAUAAAGAAAAAAUUAAACAGGCUAAAGAAGCUGUUAAGGAAAACUUGAAAAAAUUUUCAGAUUCUGUUAAGUCUACCUUCAGCCAUUUCAAAGAUACCACCAAGACUGUCUUUGAUGAAAAGGGGAAUAAAAAAUUUGGAGAUAAAAGAGAUGAAGCAACUAAAAAAGCAAAAACUGUUUAUCGUGAAUAUUUGCAUCCCCAACCUAGACCACCUUCUAAAAAUACACAUCAUAAAAGUCCCAGCAUGGCAAGAUCAGGAAGAAAACAAAAGUCAGUUCAGUUUGAAACAUUUGAGAACACAAAUUCACAGAAAUGCAGCACGAUUCAAGACUCAGUAAGAAAUUACCACUUUUUAAAAAACCCUUCUGAUUUUAUUGAAUGUGGUCAUGAGGAAAAGCAACCAGUUCAGUUUGAAACAUUUGGUAAAAACACAAACUCCCAGAAAUGCUCAACUGACAAAGACUGUGUGAAAAGUUCUCACCGACUAACAAAAGGCUGUUCUGGUGUUUUUGAAUGUGCUCAUCAGGAAUCUGUUAGCCUUUUCAACAGAGUAUUAGACCCCGUAAGAAUAGAUGAAUUUAAUCAAUUAAUGCAAAGAUAUGUGCAGGAAGAAGUAAAUGACUUCCAUCAUUGGGGAGAACUUCAGCAAUUCAUCAAUAAGUUUUUCCAUAACAGUGUCUUUAUUCAUGAUCAGAUGUUGUUCACUGACUUUGUUAAUGAUGUUAAAGAUUAUCUUGAAGACAUGAAGGAAUAUCAAGUAGAUAAUCAUGGAGUGUUUGAGGAUUUGGAUGACUAUAUAUAUAGACAUUUCUUUGGUGACACAUUUUCCCCUCAGUAUGGACCCAGGUUGGUUUCUAUAGUACGGUGUGAUUGGAAUAGUUUUUAAAUAUUCUGGAUAGCUACAGAUUAUAGGGAAAAAUUUUUUUUUUAAAAUAUUACUGAAAAAUUGAAACUAGCAACUAUUUUUCUCUACUAGAUAGGAAAAUUUUCUAGGUAUCUCCAGGUUGAAUUAUGGACACAAAAAAUUGUCUUAAAUUUUUUUUUCAGAAAUGUAGAAUCCUAAAAUUUUUUUUUCUCCCUUAAAAUAUAAAUGAAAUCUUAUUAGCAUAUUUCUUAGUCUUAAAGCCAUCCAGAAAUUUUUAUUUAUUUAUAAGUGGUGUUUUGACUAUAAAAAUGUGAAUUUUAAAAUAUAGUUUAUGGAAAUCUGCCCCUGGUUUUUUAGUCACAGUAUAUAUACACUAUAAUGCCUCCCAUGUCUUUUGUCAACAUAGCAACAUCUUUCUGUUUUUCUUUUUCACUGAUGAAAAAAUACAUUCUUUACUGAAAACCCUUGAUUUUUGAUGCAUAUAUUAGAAUGACAGCUGAAUAAGAGGUUAUAGAUGUUCAAAUUUCUCAAUCCAAAAGAAGCUGUCAGACUGAUUUUCAGCAGUAUCCUGUUUCCAUUGUUGUAUAUUUAUAAGUGUUUAAUGAGAUUUUUUUUUGCCCUAUGUGUAUUUCAUGCAGUAUAGCUUCUUUUUGGUAAUAAUUUUCCCUAAGUAGCCUAAUAUUUUUUAUUUGACUUUGUAAUUGAUUGAGGGUAUUCAUGUUUUAGUUAUCUUCCCACUAAUAUUUAAAAUGAAUUUCAAGGCAUGCCUGCUAUUCCAACAAAAUUACUACUCUCAAUUUUCAUGUUUCUAAUCAUUUUCAGUUCAGUGACUACUGUUAAAGGUUAUACACAUAAAAUAAAGCAUUGAGACUUGUGUAUAAAUAAAUACAGUAGGCUGGUCAUGUCACUAUCCCCCAACUCAGGAUUAGUUAUGUUAAUGAUGUAAAGGAGUUUUCAGUGAAUUUUUAAUGGAGAGCUUAAACUUUUAAAGCUGCUUUGAAUACUUUAAAAGCAUACUUUGCCUUCUUCUAGUCAUUAUAUUAACAGCAAAUAGUUAUAAACUAUGCCUAACACCUUAGGUUACAUAAAAACAUAUAACAUAUCAUAAAGCUUUUAAGGGGAAGAAAACAAUGUGCCAGACACUGUGCUGUGUGCUAAAAUAAAGUAAGCUCUUUAUAAUUAUUAUCUCACUUGAUCCUCAUAACAGCCUUGCGAAAGCAGGUGCUAUUUGUUAUCCCCAUUUUACAGUUGAGGAAACUGAGACAGGGGUUAAGUGACUCACACAAUUAAGUGUGUGAGGCUGGAUUUGACUCUGAGCCCAGUAAUCUAUCUGCUGCACCAUCUAGCUCUUAAUGCAGUUGGAUUGAAAGUAAGUGCUAUUAUCUUCAUUUUAUAGUAGAAGAAACUGAGGCAGACAAAGGGUUCAGUUAUAUUCCUAUUAAGUAUCUUGAGGCCAGAUCUUGCUGACUCCAGGCCCAGUGCUCUAUCCACUGUGUCAUCCAGCUUUUAAUCUAAUAGAAUAAAUUUGACAAAUGUAUACACAGUUAAAAAUUUUUUUAAUCAGAUUUUUAGUAUAUGUACUAUAGAAAUACUCAGAUAAGGGAGAAGUUGGUGUGGAUCAGAUUUUAAGAAAGGCUUUACCGAGGAAGAACUUGAAUUUAAAGAUAAGUAGGAAUUAAUGAGUAUGAGAGAAAAGACAAAUUUGGGGAUAGGGGAGCAAGAUAAAAAUAGUGAGUGAAUGUGGUUCAUGAAGGUGGGUUAACUUGACUGUUAGAUGAAGGUUUGUGAUGGGGGUAGUGGGAAAAAAGAUGGGUUAGGUAUCAGUCAGUGGGGAACACUGGCAAAUGACAGCCUUGGACAUUUGGAUCUUUGUCCAUUAAGGAACAGAUUCUUAAAGCAGAAACAUGUUGAGAGGGUUGUUUUGUGAAAAGAUUAAUCUAACUGUUGUGAAGGAUAGAUCACAGUGGGUAGAGGCUCAAAGCAGAUAGAGGAGUUUUUAGGCUACUGUGGGAGUAAUCCAGGCACAAAAUAUUCUUCUUGUUAAUAAAAUUGCAUUAAAAAAAAAAAAGAAUUAGUAAGGUUUUACUGACUUUUAAUGUAUCCUUCUUAGAUGUUAGUGUUUUAAAAAACUAGUUUGAUUUUUUAAAAAUAUAACCCUUACCUUACAUCUUAGAAUCAAUACUGUGUAUUGGUUCUAAGGCAGAAGAGUAGUAAAGGAUAGGCAAUGGGGGUUAAGUGACUUGCCAAGGGUCAUACAGCUAGGAAAUGUCUAUGGCCAUAUUUGAAUCUAGGACCUCCUGUCUCUAAAUCUACUGAGCCACCUAGCUGCCCCCGUUUUUAUUUUUUUUUUACAUCACUUUAACAUUUCAAUAAAUCCUUUCCCCUUGCUACCCAGUGAGAUAGCUCCUUGUAACAAAAUAUAAAGUGGGGAGGAAGAAACAUUUGGACAAAAUUUAGACAUUGACCUCUAAUUUGUCUAUAGAUGCAAUGUCUUGCUCCUAUGAUUCCUUGCCUCUUUAAGAGGGAGCUACGUUUCUUAUCUCUUUUUCUGGACCAACUGUCAUUUGUUGAAGACUUUUAAGAUUUUCUCCUUUUUUUUUUCAUGACAUUAUUUAACCCAAGAAGACAAAAAAGAAUUGGAUGGAUUUUCUGUUUAUUAAUUGUUCAUAUAUGCAAAGUUCAUGCUGUAGAGAUUUUGAUGAUCUUAGGUAGGGAAGGGACAGGAGUUAAAUAAUGGUAUUAGAAAAACAUUCAUAAAGAAACUUUUUUGGGGGGUAGUUUUUUUUUUUAAGUUAAAAAAACUUUUAGGAGAAAAUUCUUAAGCCACUAAUUGACUUUAAAUUAUCUUUUUUUUCAGAGUUGUUUAAAAUUUAUUGGAAAAAAAAUCUUUAUUUUCUUUCCCUAAUUUUAAAGGAAUUUUUUUCUAACAUAGAAAAAAAUGUGUUUACUGCUUUCAGUCGCCCUGAUAAAAAGCAUCGUAUGGUUAAUAUUGAAAACUCCAGGCAUCGAAAACAAGAGCAGAAGUACCCUCAGCCACAGCAUUAUAAGAGGGAAGGUAAAUGGCAUAAACAUGGUCGAAGUAAUGGAAGACACACGGCAAAUCUUGAAAUAGAAUUGGGGCAGUUACCUUUUGACCCAAAAUAUUGAACAUGAUUAAGUAAAUUAGAUAACUUUAAGGGAAUUGUGGAUGUUCUCUACUCUGUUCAGUAUUGAAAACUAAGAAACUGAAGUUACUAAGAAGUCAAUGUCUUUCAUCUCUAAAUAUCAGUUUGGUGAAUUUUACACUGUUAUUCAAAAGCAUCCGUCAAAGCUUACUAACUUGCAUUUUCUUUGUAGUUUAGCUCUGCUGAAUUCUUUUUGGCAAUGGAAAUAAGUUUGGUUGUAGUUUUACUGCUAGGGAAGCCAGGCAUGCAAUAGGUUUUGUGCAUGAAAUGGUUUUUUUUUUUUUUCAUUUUUAAGGUGAGACAAGCUCUUGUCAUAUAUGACAAAGUAAAAUUAACACUGAUAUUUGUUAACUUUGGUGUUGAGCUGCCUUGGAAAAAAUAUAUUGUGAUGGAAUUUCAUCUCUGUUAAUGUUUUAUAAACUUUCUUUUUUGUCUUUUCUUUGGGUUCAAGAGCCCACUGACUUGUGAAGAAUUUGAUGACUCCUUAAUGAGCUUGCUUGACUUGUUCAUUGGUGAAAUUUCUUGCACAUCUGAAUAUUGUGGAAGGAAAAAUAAAACUACACCAUGGGGAAAAAGGUCUUUAUUGACAAUGUAGCAUUGUUAAGUAUGUGAUUUUACUAUUGUUCUAAGAAAAUGUCUGUCACUUGGUAAGUGGUUUAUAGAAGUUGUUAUUCGCUAUUCCAUAAAACGUGUCCAUUUUGAAAAAAAAUCCAGAAGUUUUGAUGUCUUCACAAGUAAAUACAGUUUCUCCAAGAAAGACAUAAUGCAGUUUGAAAUCUCAUCUUUAGAUGACUUAAUUUUUACUUCCUUUCAUAAAGAUAUAUAUGGCUUCCAAUUCGGCCUUCAGGCAAGUGAGUGUGGAAGAUAACAGCAAUUCUCUUGUAACCAUUUGUGAUUAGAAAGGUCUUUAUUUCCUAUAAAUGUAAAAUAGGUAGUUUUAAGGAAAAAUCACAUUUCAACUGAAGAUUUUUAAAGAAACUUAUUUUAGUUGCUUAAGGACAUUGUACAUUAAGUACAUUUUUUUUCAACAACUUCUAAAUUAUGACAACCAAUUUAUUUAAUCAGUUUACUUGAUUAAAAAUGAAACCAGAGGAUUUGGAUUAAGCCAAGUUAAAGUGACUUGGCUAAGGUAUGACAGUACCAUUAAAUACCAUCUGUAUGAGGAGGAAUUUGAAGUGAACAUACCAUGGCAGUUUCCCAAAGUUCUCUCAUCUUUACUCACCUCUUCUAAAACGCUGAAGAUGACUAGGUGGGUGGGCAACAAUAUAUCACUGGAAAACUCUUGAUUUAGCCAGCUUAAUGGACUGAAGUAAAAUUUAUCUGCUUCAUCAAGAUAAUUCUCAUUUCCAUUCAAGUCUGGGGGACACUGAAGAAAUCUUAUUGGAAGUGGACAGUGUACAUGGCUGAGGGGGAAAAAAUUACAAUUUUUAAAAUGUUGAAAAAUGUGGAAAAUAUUGAAAUUGCCCCCAAACUAAGCUUGCUUCUUAGCACACAUGGCUGAUCAAAUUGCGGCUCUGUUUAAGGUCCGGGGUGAAAGCCCAGAAUGAGUCUUUAGUAGAUAGUUUUAUUUGUUAAUGUAAGCCUAAGUUAGUGGUUUCAAAUGACAAGGGUUUUUUAACCCCCACCCCCAUUUUCCCAUUUCAAGCAAAUGUUAGGUUGUAUUUAAUACAAAUUUGAUAGCAGAACAACUGUGAAUUCUUGAGCAUAUAAGAAAAUUCUCUCAAUCAUGCAAUUUAAAGUGGAUUUAACCAGUCUGCAUUUCUUAAACGAAAAAAACAAAGUAAAAACUAAAUCUCAGUUUCUCAUUGAGUUAAGAUGCCAUAACUAGUGAUAUAAUGCAGAACUAAAAUUAUACUAUUAUUUCGCAAGCCAUGAAAUUUUUUAAACAUUGCUUGUAAAGUUCUGUAAUACUAAAUCACUACUCCUAUUAACUUAUAAUUUAAGAAAAUACGCUCAUCUCUCCUAUAAUUGGGCAACAAUUCAUCUAGCAUUUGCAAAGCAACUACUGUUGUAUAUAAGGAACUGGGAAUAAAUAAUUUUACUACAGAUUACUCUUGAAGCUGUGGGAGAGAAUUAGAUCGCUAAGAGAGCUAAGACAAAGCCUUGGAGGAUGCCCAUAUCUAGAAGGUGGGGGGAAGAGGUUGAAUUAGAGAAGACCAAAAGAUUAAGAAAGGACAAAAGCAGGCUAAGAAGGAAUUAGACUGGGUAAAGAACAGAGUUGGCAAUUAAGAAAGUCAUCAAUAGAGCUGUAAGCAAAGCAAACAGUUUCUAUAGAGUGGUGGGGACAUAAAUGGAGGCAGGAUUUGCUCCUUAAACUUUUAUGGUGAGAGAAAUGUAGUUCAAAGGCAAAGUCAAGGAGAAGUUUUUUUCUUCUGGUUAAAAGGAAACCUGAGCAAGUAUGUCAGGAAGGACCCUGUAGAGAGAGAGACUGAAGAUGAGAGAGGGAAGGGGCACCAGUAGAGAGGUCUUGACAAGAAGUCACUUCGUUUUCAACCUAAGGAGAAAAGAGAAUGAAAUGAGAAAUUUUGAGGUAUUAUGGGGAGGACUCAUCAUGAAUGGUCUUGUCUGUUGAGAACUGGGGUAGUGGUGGUAGAGGAGGUAGGUCGAGAAGGUUUGAAAUUACUGUUGUGAGAAAUAUAUAACAUGGAGAAAUUAAAAGAUGCUUUGGGAUUGCUGUCCAACAAUAAUGACCAAGUGGGCUUAGACUGCAUUAAGUUUAGUGGAGCCAGACACCAAAUCAUUUAGCCUGUGGGGAUGAUAAUAGUACUCAAGGUUGUUGUGAGGAUCAUAUGAGGUAGUAAAUGUAUAGAUAGUACUUUGGAAAUUUAAAUACAUAAAUCUUACUGAUAAUAAUUAUUAUUUGUGCUUAAUAGUGGCCCAAUGUUAAGAUUAACACAGUAGAAAUAGAAAGAUGGAAGUUUUGACAAGGGAGCAAACUUUUUGAACAUGAAAAACAUGACCCUGUUGAAAUGGUUGAAUCAUGGACAGAAAUUUGAAGUGGAAAGAAGAAAAAUCAGAAUAGGGCUGAUGAACUGGGAAAAGAGAAACCAAAGAAAUGAAAGUCAACAUGAGGACAAAGGGCAGGCUCUAUAGAGAACUGAGGUCGUUUUGGAGAGAUAGAAGGAACAAGAGAUUGCAAACUGAGAAUUUUGAAGGGAGGCAUUUUUUUAAAAGAUGAGAUCUAAGGUAUACUCCAAGGGGUCCUUAAGACUGCAAGGAAUGGGAGUUAAGUUAACCAGUUUGUCUAGCUUGAAUUUCAGGGAUGCUAUUAUCCUUCACUUUCUGUGGAAACAGAGACACCAAAACCACAGACACUGACCACUAUACUGCUCUAAAUUUGGGUUACUGAAUGAUGAGUUCUGGUAGGUCAGGUGGAUCGCAUCAGUAUACCUUACGUGGUUAACUUCUCAUACUUCAAAAUAUCCAUACUCCAGUACAUCUAAUUGGAAAAUACCUUCUUAACAGGAAAUCUAGCUACAAGGAAAAAUAACUUCUCACCAGUAACUUGUAACUGUCUUACCCUCUUAGGAACAGGUACAAAGCUAUGUGGACCUAUUUUAAAACUUCUUGAAUGGAUGAACUACUUUAGGUUGGUAUUUCAUAUUUCACAUCCCAUUGUAGAGCUGUUUAUUAUCUUUGAUUAAAUUAUAUUAAAUUUUAGGAAAAAAAUUUAAAACAGUUUUAAAUUUAAGAUCUUAAAUGUUAUUAAAUUUAAUUAGAAAUGUCUUAUUCAUCUUAGUGGUCAGUACUAAUACAUUUGAAGAAAUGUUUUAAGUAGAUUUUUAAAAAAAAUCAUCUGAUUAUCUGUUAAUUUGUAUCUAGGGAUUAAAAAAAAAAAGAAAACAUUUUAAAAUAGUGCCAUUACUGAACGAAUUUAGUUACCUGUAAUGAGGAGUAGAGUGGCAAGGCAUCAUUACAAAGAUGGAGGCUGAAGAAUUAUUGUCACAGAGUCCUUGAAUAUGAGUCAUAACAUCAAGAGAACCACGUUGAUGAAUCAAACCAGUGUAGAGUGCUAGAGUCACAUUUGAUAAAAACAGGAAACUUAGUGCUGGUUUCUUCCAGGUUUUCAAGUGGUUUAAAGAGUGUCCUAUAAAGAUAUACAAAAUGAGUCCAAAUUACUUGGCAAUAUUUAAGGUUUUUUUUUUUUAUAUUGUGACAAUAAUAAUGCUAAUUUACUGAGGGUUUCAUGGUUGAAUAUUUUCUAAAGAUUUUCUAGGAUUCUUGAUUAUGUCUUUUAUCAUUUCCUAAUACUUUAUCCAUCUGUUACCAUUUAGCUCUAACCUACCUCUUCAUUUACCCAUUUUUUCACUUCUGCAUCAAGCUAUGCAGUUGUUUACCUAUCUCUGUGUAUAUUUGUGUGUGUGAACAUUAUUGUAUCCCAUAGGCUCAGAAGGGGUGGGAAAAGGUCCUUAGAAAUUCUAGUCCAGUCUCCUAUGAGUAUUGUAACUACUGAAUAUGUCCCUUGUGGGCACUGAAAACUUUAUCGAUGUUCAAUAAAGAUCAAUGAUCUCUACAAUUUGUGUCUGGGAUGCAUACUAUAUCCAGAUUCUCUAUUCAAUAGGUAAAGGAGGUCCACUACAGAUUCUGGCAUGAAGUCCCAAUGCUAUUCCAGGCAGGAGACUGUAAAACAGCCAUUUUUCCAUAGCAAAACUACAGAUUGCCUCUAUUCUGUCUUUUGACACAGUCAUCCAGCCUUUAGUGAUGGAUAUCCAGUGCCUCACAAAACAGUCCAUUUCCAAUUCUGAUGGCUUGAAUUGUUAAGAAGCUCUUCCUUAUAUUAAAAUGAACCAUAUUUUAGCGCUUAGUUUACAAGGUUCCUCUCAAAUAGAAAAGGAAAGACUUUGCUCCAUAGCAGUGGCAACCAUUAGUUUUAAUUCUGUCAGAGGAAAUGAAAUCCAAGUUUUGAGAUGCUUAUGUAAUGAUCUCUAAAUUACUAAUAUUAUUAAUAGCCAGAUUUGGUGGUGGUGAUGGAGGUGGUGGUGGUUUCCACUUGGAUUUAAAGUCAGAAAUUUGUAAUAAAAUUAAUACCUCAGUGUACCCCAGAUGAAGGGACAGCUAGGUGGUACAGUGGAUAGAGUGCCCGGCCUUGAGUCAGGAAGGUCUAAGUUCAAAUCUAGCCGUAGAUACUUACUAGUUGUGUGAUCCUGGGCAAAUCACUUAAUUCUGUUCACCCCUUUUUCUAGAAAAUGAGCUGAAGAAGGAAAUGGCAAACCACUCCCAAAUGGGAUCACAAAGAAGUCCCCCCCACCCCCGAAAUAAAAUUCUUAGUUCUAAUUCAAUAAACAUUUUAUAAAUACUAUGAUGAUCAAAACACUGUACUAGGUGCUGUGUACAAAGAUAAAGUAAGAUAUAGGCUUUGCCUUCAAGUAGUUUACCCUCGUAUCUCAUUUUCCAGGCAAGGUUCUUAGAAAGGACAUGUCUUUAAGGGAUAUUAAAGGAUUCCCUAAUUUUAGCCAUCAAACUAGGCUUAUCUUGUGCAUUGAGAUUAGUAGUACAAGGGUUCUUCUUACAAAGUUGAAAUUUUGAAUAUUUAAAAGGAGAGGGAAAUAAAUAUCUCUGGUACUUAUCUAAUAAACCUUAAAUUGUAGAAUUAAUUAUAUGCCAGUACUAUAAUUCUAAGCUGUAAUACAUACAUCAUGAACAAGUUAUUUUCAGAAGUGGAAAGUCAACUGUAUUCCUGCAUAGCAUUAUCUAAUCCAAUAAAGUAUAAGAUAACAAUCUAGAUGACUUUGCAGGAACAUUUGCAAAGGAAGUAGGAGAAAGAGAGGGGACAUGCUACUAGAUGCAUUUUACAUCCUAGCUGAUCAGCUGGGAGAAGUGCAAGUGGAAGGUAAGACAGGUCUGUAUCAUAAGAUCCUCCACUUCAAUUCUUACACAAAUAAUACCUAUACAAAUAAUUACAGAUGUAUUGGGGAUACAAAUAUAGUUCAAUCUAUAGGUCACACACUGACCUUGUACAGGGAUUUUUAACCUUUUUUGUGUCAUGGAUCCAUCUGGCAGUCUGGUGAAGCUUAUGGAUUCUUUCUCAAUGUUUUUAAUUGUAUAAAAUAAAAUGCAUAGAAUUAGAAAACUAUUAAAAGUGUAAUUUUUUUAUCAUCCAUUUUCACAGGGACCCCCCCCCCCAAACUAAAAUUUGAUCCAUAGAUUCUAGGUUAAGAACCUUUAUUAAGAUUCUCUUCCAUGAAACAGAUGUGUGGAGGAGAGAAUUUGAAAAGCUUGCAACAAGGUUGAAUAAAAAAGGAGUUGGAAUUGGCUAUUAAAUGUAAUGACAGCAUGAGGAUUCUGGAUAUGUGUGCUAAGGAGACAAGGAAUGAAAGCUGGGAAGAACUCUGCCAGUCUUUGUAAUUUUGUCCUGGUAGCAACUGAUAUGCCACUGAAAAUCACUUGUUUUUGGCAGAGUUGGGAUGUCGGGAUUCACUUAGAAAGCAGUAAACCUCAGCUAAUUUUGAUUUCAGCUUAAAUCAUCUCUGGCAAGCAAGGCUCUCUAGUCUUCAUUCCAGCCUCUCAAAUUGCUUAAAUAAAACUAAUGCUAAUAAAACUAGUGCUAAUUUUUUGCAAGGCACAACAAAGUUCUACCACCACUUUUGAAAAGCAAGAAUGUUAAGAAUAUAUAUGUACCAACUGCUAGCUUCUGACUGUCACAGAAGUAGGAGGAUACUCUUAGGUGAUCUUCAUAUACUUUAGACUCCCUGCAUCUCUUCCCUUUCCUCCAUUAUUUGAGAAGACUAACAUAUUAAAUACCAAGGGUUUCCUAUAUUUAUAUAGGUAUAUUGGUAUGGACCUGUGACUUCAUUGGCAUAGGGAAUUUCUUGGUACAAUUUUAUCAGCAAAUAUCAAGUCAUCUGUCACUAAAUCCUAGUUGCCUGCAAGUCUAAAAAGGCAGGGCUUGAAGCUGGAUCAUUAGGCCCCAAGGCUGGUCCUUGAUUCAUUAAAUGAAACUACUUUCUUUCUUUGUAUGUUUGGUCCUAAUUAAUAUCCUGGCAUUGGUUUUGAAGGAUUAGCAUUGGUUCAAACUUGGUGGCAUUAGUAUUUAUUUGUGACUCAUUUCUGCUCUGGAGUUCCCAGUAAAAAACCACCAAAAUCAAAGUAGAGAUCUCAAGUUCCUUAAUAGGUGAUUUCCAAGUAGUACAAUAGGGUCUUUCUUAGUCCCAUUUCUAUUUGAUCUCAAUUUAAAAAAAUAGGAUUAUAUGGCCCAGAAUCUUUUCCUUCUGAUUAGAUUUUACAAAAUGUUUUAUGCACACACACACACCCAAAAUGGUCUUACUAUUUUAAUCCAUGUAAGUCUUGAAAGCUCCUGUCAAAGUUUCUAAGAAGAAAUUUAAGAGAUUUCAUGGAAGAAAACUGGCAAAAUUUGAAACCUUGAAGCUAAACAAAAGCAUCAGGCACAAAUUAGGAGUUGUGUUUAAAUGUUAAGCAAAAAGUUGAAUCUCAUUUCUAAAUGGAUUGUGUCUUACUAAGGACAGUGACUUUGGAGAACAUGAUAGUAGCCUAGGCAGAGGAGAAGUCAUCACAGAUCACUAUGCAGAAUACAGAUUUAGCCAUUAGAUGCAGAAUUUGAGGGCUGGAAGGACCUAGUCUAAUUUUACAAAUGAAAAACUGACCCAGAGAAGUGGCUUGCCUAAAAUUACAAGGCUAUUGUCAGUUCAGUAAAAGAUGGAAUAGAAAGGAGAAGCAGAUCAUCAGGGCUAUUACAGAGAACCAUACAAUAAGGGUCUGAGAGGGAAAUCUAAUGAACAAAGAGGAAGGGGCAGGUGUCAUAAUGUAGAAGUAAAACAAGUCUUUGGCAGUUACCAGAUAUGGGAAGAAUCAGGGAGGAAUGAUUCCAAAGUUUUGAAUCCAGAUGACUGAAAAGAAAGUAAUAUCUGAAGCAAAAAAUUGAAGUAGGAGAAAGUUUGAGUAGAAAUAUAAUGAAUAAAGUUUUAGACAUGAUGAAUGAGAUGUCAGCAGUAUACUCCAGCCAGAGAUACAUUAAACUGUAAGUUUGGGGUGAGUUCUGAAGAGAAACUGGAACUAGAUUUGGGAAUUAUCUGCAUAUGGGGGAUAAACGGAAGUACUGAGUGGGAGUAGAUAUGAUUGCCAUGACUGCAGCAGAAUAAGAGUAAUAGUAAUGCAGAAGGGGGAAAUACUCUAAAAGAUUUAGGAGCUAAAUGAAUUUGUGGGGCAAAGGGGGAGGAGUCAAAGAUGUCACAAAGUUUUCAAGCCUAAGUGACAAGGAAGAUAUGAUGGUACUAUUCUAAAAAUUAAGAAAAUCAAGGAGAAAUGGGUCAGGAGUUAAGAUGAUUUUAGGUAAAGACAUUGAGAAGUCUAGGAAAUGUGCUUUUGGACUUCAGGAAGACCUAGAGAGAAAUGAUGGAAGAGAUAGGUACAUAGAGAAGACAGUUUAGUCCCUGGAGUUGAAUGAGAUUACCAAGGAACAGAUACAGAGAAAAGAACUGAAGAAAAAAAUGCCUCAAAAUUGGAAAGGACCUCAAGAAUAUAUGUUUGGUGUGAGGGGAAAAAAAAAGGCAGUGCUAGGAGACAGAAGGAAUGGCUAGAGAUAGAAUCAGGAGAGUGAAAUCUUAAGAAAGCUGGAAGAGGUCACAAUUUCUAGAUGAGGACAGGGAAAUCGCCAGUUUCAAAUGCUGCUGGAAGGUCCAGGCGACUAAGGGUUUGGUAAAUGGAUCAAUGGGUUCCUUUGAGAGCAGUUUUAAUGCUGUGGUGAGGUCAGGUGCCACAGUGCAAGGCACUUACAGAUGAGUGGGUAUUGAGUUGGAAGUGGCAAGUGUAGACUACUUUUCAAAAGAUAUGGACAGCUUUGAGGCAAAAGAGCCUAGGAAAGAUGGUUUUGUUUUAAAGGAGAGGAGAUGGGACAGCUGGGUGCUUCAGUGAAUUGAGAGCUAGGCCCAGAGAUGGGAGGUCCUGGGUUCAAAUGUGGCCUCAGAAACUUACCCUGGGCAAGGCAGUUAACCCCAAUUGCCUAGCCCUUACCCUUACCACUCUUCUGCCUUAGAACCAAUGCACAGUAUUCAUUCUAAGAUGGAAAGUAAGGGUUUAAAAAAAAAAAGAGAGGAGAAAUGAAUCUAUUUGUUAUUGAUAGAACAGGUAUAAGGCAGAAUGAAGGUGAAGGCAAAGAUGGAUGAUGUAAGAGAUGAAUGAUUAUUCAUGAAGCAAGAUCCUGAAAGGUGAUAUGAUUAAAGAAUGAAGAGAGUAGCUUUAGAAAACUCUAGAGAAAGAUGAGUGAAGAAAUGUUCAAAAUCUAAUAGCUCACACUUGUAUAAUGCUUUAUGCUUUACAGAAUACUUUGCUUCCAACUGUUCUGAGAAAUAAGCAAUACAAAAUUAUCCCUGUUUUGCAAAUGAAGAAACUGGCUCAGAAAGAAUAAGUUACUCUUGCUCAUGUUCAGAACUGUGAUUCAAAUCUCUUCCAAGCGCUAACAUUCUAUGAUUUUGCUUCUCUUAAGUGUGAGCCAUGUCCUCUAGAGAGAUAUCGUCCUAAAGGGAUGUAUGUUUCUCAGGAACCCCUUUGGGCUGUAUUACAGGGUUUGGAUGGCGGUGAGGGUUCCGUCUCAUAGGAGCAAAGUUUUACCUCUUCACCAUCAGUCACCAUCCCAAGUGACUGAAGUGUCUGGCAAUAACAAAUAUUAUGGUAGUAGGGUAGUGAUAAUUGUUACCUGUUCAGACCUUAUUGAAAAUUCUUGCAAAGCAGAGCCCAAAAUCUUUGGGACACAGCGGUAUGAGCCUAUAGCAUACUGAUUGAAAAAAAAAAAGACAUCCUAAAAAAUACAUUUCAUAAAAAAAAAAAUUACAUACCUAUAUAUAUUUAUAAAACACUUUAAUUUUUUAUUUUUCUGUCAACUAUACUGUGGACAGAAUUUAGAACUCCCAUCAGCUAGAUCUAGUCUUUAUGCAUCUACAAUGGAAUUAAAUCCAAACAGUUCCACAAAUAGUUACUAGGACCAUAAAUGCAAGGCACUGAGCUGCUGUGCAAGUUGCUAGUUUUACAAAGAUAGACACAACGUAAUCCUUUCUCUUAAACUUACAGUCUAGUGAGGGCAGUCAUGUGCACAGAUAGGUGUAUACAAAGGGCACUAUGAUAAAUGAAAAAGGAAGAUCUAAAGUCUUAUGAAGAAUUUGAAGAAGCAAUCAAAUGUUCAGCUGAUGAUGUGAGAAUCACCUUUCAAAAUCGUGCUGUUGCCAACUUCAGAACUAAAGACUGGACUUAAAUCUGCUAAAGUUGAUUCCAUUAUUAAGAAGUAAUUUCAAAAUGAGGCACUCCUGAUUAGAAACAAUGUAGAUACAAAGUUCUGUAGGUGCUUCUGGAUAAUUAGAACUUUUACUACAUAGUUAAUCUUACCUUUUUUUUUUAAACUUAGGUAAACCUUUAUAACCAUCUGUUUACAGAACAUGACUACUACCAUUAUCAAAAGGAAGAUAUCAUUGGUCUCCUCUCCCUGUCUCCUCUAAACCUAUAUUUUGCCAAAGUUCCUGACAUGCAGGAUCUUUCCAUAUUAUUUCUUAUUCUUGUAUAUUUAGCUAAACCAGAAGUUUCUUGGAAUUUUGACAUAAUUAACAUAGGAAAAGGUAAGAUAUGCAACUAAACUUUCAAAACCUCCUGUUUUGUCCUGGCUGCUUCAGACUCUAAGCCAAAUUACUUUAUGUAAUACACUUAAAUCAACAUGAUUUAUUGGGUAAAUGGAUCUUUUCAUGAAAUUACCUCUGAAAUGUCAUAUAUUUUCAUGCUUAGAAACUUGUUCUAAUGCUAUAACUUAUUCUGAAGAUCAUGCAUGCUGUAAGCCUUAGAAUGGAUUUUGGCUGAAAACAAUAAAAUUUUCACCAGAUAUA